CAGAGCGAGGCCGACAGCCAGAGCGAGGCUGAGAGCGAGGGCGAGAGCCAGAGCAGUUGAGGUAACUUUACCUCAAAAGUUUUUUCUCUGAGCCCCAACUCUCCUCAGGGCCUCAGAAUUUCCACUUACUGAGAGCCCAAACUCUCCUCAGAGACUUGGCUGGCUUGAGAAUACCAACGGCCUCCAAUCUCUGAGUGUGGCCUACUAGCCAGUAGAGCCUUGACGGCGUGACCUGUGCGGAGCAGGAGCGGAGCCAGGUCAGGCCAGGUCGUGUGGGAGAGGCGGGAGCUGGCCCCGGGUAAAAGCGUGAUCCGUUAAAGAGCAGUUUGAGAUCUCGCGAGAUCCUUCGGGAUUACGCUACCCGUGAGUGAGACCCCAGAGAGAAGGCGGCAAAAUGGCGGAGAUAGAGGACUGCUACAGCGAUGACGACAUCUUGCCAGGUAGGCAACCCUCCCCCAGAAGAUACCCCGCUGCUCCGGCCUCAAGUUUGCCAGGAGCCCCUCCUCAUUCAAUCCAAGUCCCCGAGAUAGAUACUAGCAAUCUGAGUCUAUACUAUAUCAGUGCCAAGCAGCGAGCUACAGAGGAAUCUAGCAAUGCAGACGGUCACUUCUCUAAGGCCCCAUGGGGAAAAGGGGCCUGGUCUUGCCCCCCCGGGGAGGAGGGGGAGGCAAAAGAGAUCGUGGUACAGGACAAUUAUUUGUCCACUACAUCUUCCAGCUCAGAGGAGUUAGACCCGUUCGCGUGGUUCAUGAAGUGUUCUCCCCCUACUCAGGGGGGCCCUACUAGACGCAACAAAACCCUGCAGAUACAGAAGCCAGAGAGAGAGAUUAACAUAGAAAAGGAGGGGGAACAUCGUGACAGUCCACCCCCCCCUAAAAAACCGUUCCUUAAAUCUCCUCCCAGUUCUAAUUCCGUGCUUCUAAAAAAAAUGCGACAGUUUAUAGCCUCAAAAACUCCAGCGAAAAAGAAGCCGCCCUCGGAGUUUUCUCCUCUGUUGCAGACCCCCCGCAGGGCUCAUGAUUCCCAGGCAGAGGACAAGUCACCAGUCCUUCAGUCUUCUGGUGUGCCGAGAAAUAAGUCAGGUCAUGGGCUUUCUCCUUUAGAGCAGACACCAUACUAUCCGUCUCCUAAUGUCCUGCUAGAUGACUUGGAAGCUACUCCACUACUCUUUCAGUCUCCUCUUUUGACAAGCCCCAAGUUGUCUUCUGCAGUACAGGCAUCACAGCAGUCUCCUGAGGCCCUCCAGUUUGGCAAGCCAACUUGGAAAUCUUCCAACAGAAGGAAAACAACCCCUGAGUUUUUUCUUACUCGUGUAUAUAAGAAGCCACGCCCCAAUUCUGAAGACAGUUCAGCCAAUAAGCCUUCAUCAAGAGGCCACCCGAAAUUGUUCCCUAAAUCUUCAAGAGAUAUACCAGUUUAUGAAUUAUGUUCUAUAGAUGAGUUGCCAUCACCUUACAAGUCUCUUGGCAUCCUGUUUAAAGAGAGGUCAGCCAGUGACUCUUCUCCUUCAACAAGCCGCAAGAUACCAGAUCCAAAUUCUCCUUUAGCAACCUAUAAGUUUUCUCAUGCUCGUGUACAGAGGAUUAAAUCUCGUAAGUCUCUUGAUUUUGUGAUUGAAAACAAGUCAAGCUAUGAGUCUUCUUUGAAAGUCUAUGAGAUGUCUCCACCCUAUAUGCCAAUAGUAGCACUCUACCAAAAAGAUGGUUUCCUGUUUCUUCAGAAGUUAAGGUUUCCUGCCCACAUCCAGAGGGCACUAGCUCCUGAUACUCCUUCCUAUAGGUUAAGUGAUUUAAUUUUUAUAGAGGAAGAGAUAUUGCCACCCUGUGAUUCUCCUGAUCUGUUUGAGGAACAGCCAACCACCUCCAAGCCUCCUUCCCCAAGCCCGAAGAAUACUGUCUCUGAAUCUCCUUCUCCAGUGGGAAAGAAAUCAAUUUUGGGGCCUUAUACUCUCCAGGGACAGAUAUUGACACCAUACUCAUCUUUUGAAUUGUUUGACAAGGAAGAAAUAUCAGAUUGUUCUUCACCAUCACACAAGAAAUCAGUAGUCACUCAAUUUCCUUCUCCCAAGCAGACACUGCCAUGCCACGAGCCUCUUAAAUCCUUGAUUGAGAAAAAGCCAAGCUGUGAGUCCUCUUCUUCACCAGCCUCCAACAUGCCAGCCCUUGACAUUCCUCCACCAAACAAUGAAGAAAUAUUGGAUUGUUCUUCACCAUCACACAAGAAAUCAGUAGUCACUCAAUUUCCUUCUCCCAAGCAGACACUGCCAUUCUACGAGCUUCUUAAAUCCUUGAUUGAGAAAAAGCCAAGCUGUGAGUCCUCUUCUUCACCAGCCUCCAACAUGCCAGCCCAUGACAUUCCUCCACCAAACAAUGAAGAAAUAUUGGAUUGUUCUUCACCAUCAUACAAGAAAUCAGUAGUCACUCAAUUUCCUUCUCCCAAGCAGACACUGCCAUUCUACGAGCUUCUUAAAUCCUUGAUUGAGAAAAAGCCAAGCUGUGAGUCCUCUUCUUCACCAGCCUCCAACAUGCCAGCCCAUGACAUUCCUCCACCAAACAAUGAAGAAAUAUUGGAUUGUUCUUCACCAUCAUACAAGAAAUCAGUAGUCACUCAAUUUCCUUCUCCCAAGCUGACACCGCCAUGCCACGAGCCUCUUAAAUCCUUGAUUGAGAAAAAGCCAAGCUGUGAGUCUUCUUCACCAGCCUCCAACAUGCCAGCCCUUGACAUUCCUCCACCAAGAAAGAAGCGAGUGUCUGAAUGUUCUUAUUCCCCUAGUCCAAAGAAGUACCAACACAAGUCUUUUGAUUACCCACUUGAGGACAAUUCAACCAGUGAGUCUCCUCCUUCAACAAUCCGCAGGAAGGUAUUCCCUAAAUCUCUUACCCAGAGAGAAAAGCAAGCCAAGAGAGCCUCUGAAUCUGCUGAUUCCCAGGUACAGAAAACAGCACCUCACAAGUCUUUUGAUUACCCACUUGAGGACGAUUCAACCAGUGAGUCUCCUCCUUCAACAAUCCGCAGGAAAGUAGUACCUCAGUCUCUUGCCCGGAUAUUCAGGCGAGGAAAGAGAGCCUCUGAAUAUGCUGGUUCCCGAGCACAGAAAAUACAACCUCUCAAGUCUUGUCAAAACUCAGUUGAAGACAGUUCCACCAGUGAAUCUUCAGCAAUCUACAAGAAGGUGUUCCCUGAAUCUCUUACCCAGAUGGGAAAGCAAGAAAAGAGAGCCUCUGAAUAUGCUGACUCUCAGGCACAGAAAACAGCACCUCACAAAUCUUUUCACCACUCAUUUGAGGAAGGUUCAACCAGUGAUUGUCCUCCUUCAGCAAUCCACAAAAAGGUAUUCCCUGAAUCUCUUACACAGAUGGGAAAGCAAGGAAAGAAAACCUCCAAAUAUUCAGAUUCCCAGACACAGAGAGCAACAUCAUCCAAAUCAAUAUGUGAUUCUUCUUCACCAAGCCUUAAGUUGCCAGUCCCUGAAUUUCCUUUACCAGUGGGGAAAAGGCUGGUCUCAGAGUUUUCUUAUUCCCAGGUCCAGAAGCCAACUUUUUUGGUCACAAAGAAGCAAUUUCAUCGAUCUUUUUCCUGGGAACAGAAGAAGCUAGUUCCUGAAUCUUCUUUCCCAAACAAAAAGCCAGUUGUUGAGUCUUUUUCUUCCCAAGUUUAUUCUAAGGAACAGAGGGAGCCUCUUCCUUCUCAAGUCCCAGAAAGACAAAUGUUCGAGUAUUUUGCAGCCAUGAUACCAGAGAUGCCUGCCACUGAAGCAGUUCCUUACCAGAAGCCAGGUGUAGGUGAUGAGGAAGAGAAUCUGUAAGCCCUCCUGAAGAAGCCAGUCUGAAUCAUCUCCUUCACAGCUGCUGAAGAAGCCAAAGAAGAAAGAAGUAGGGGAAAUGCGUCCCCUCCCUGUGUCUGAUAGUUUGUGUGAAUUUUCUUAAAAAAAAAAAAAGGUUCAAUUAACAAAUAUACAUUUUCUUUGCCUUUAACUUUAAAUGCCUUUAAAUACUUUUAAAUGCUUUAAAUGCCUUUAAACUUGGUUGAAAUUAAUUUUGGCAUACAAAAUGUCAUUUCAGUUAGUCUAAAUUCCCAUUAGAAUUGUCUCUAAAGGCUGGUGCAUUUAAAUGCAUUUUCCCCCUUUAGAGAUAUAGUUGGUCUUUAUUGUGUCCUGUUGGUUCAGUUCUGUUCACUUUGUCAUUUCAGAACAGUUUUUUCAGAAUUCAUUAGAGUUCUCAUAGUUGUUUGUUUGUAAUUGCUUUAUGAUAUCAUAUGAACAUGCUACAAAUUUAUUCAGCCAUUCCCCUCUUCCAUAGGAAUUUUCAUUUGCUUCCUUUUUUGUGGAGGGGGAAAGUGGUGGUUUUGUUUGGUUUUUGUGUUUGGGAGGUUUCCCCCCUGCAAUUCAGUAAUGCAGCUCCAAACAUCUUUGAACAGAUGACACUUUUUUGUUCAUUUUUUAAAAUCUUUUUAGGGUUUGUAUCCCAAUAAUGGAAUUAUUUGGUCUAAAAGCAUUGGGAGGAGGGAGGGGAGGUUUUUGUCUAUUUACAGUCAGGUUGCUCACUAACAAGGUUUCCAUGAUUACUGUUUGUUCUUUUUCAUGCAUUUUUCCUUUUAUGCUUAGUAUUAGGUUAUAUACUAUGUUCUACUUGUUUUCACCGUGCCCGAUUUUAUAAUUUUUCCUAUUUCUUUGUAGUUCUCAUACUUAUUUCCAAUUGAAAUCCAGCAUCAAAAGAACAUGCCUCGAUUUAUUCCACCAUUCCCUUUCUCAGAAAGUUCAGUUGCUUCCAGUUUGAUUUGGUUUGAUUUGCAAACCAAAUAAUGCCACUUGGAAAAUCUUUUAAUAGAUGCCUGCUUGUUGUUCAAUUUUUAAAAAUCUUUUCAGGGUUUACUUCCCAAUGAGAAAAUUAUUUGGUCCAAAGGCAGUGGGGGUGGGGGUAGGGGGUUAGGGUAGAGGGAAGGGUAACCUUUUCUGCCUGCUGCCAAGCUGCUCUCCAAAAAAUGUCUACCAGUUUAUAAUUUGACCAGCAAUGACUGUCAAUUGUUUUCUUCGUAACCCUGCCAGCUAGGAAUGAAUUUCAUUGCUUGUUUGUUUUUGCCACUGUGAAGCGGGUGAGAUUGUGCCCCAGUUUUAAUUUAUGUAUCUUUAAAGUUGCAUUUGUAAGUGACAAGAAUCUGGGUUUCUUCUUUUGAGAGCUGCCUGUAUCCUUUUUGACCACCUUUUUUCUUUUUAUGUAGCAUAUUUUUCAUUAAAGAUUAAAA